UGGCAACGCGACGUUUCGAAAUUUCAGCUGACGUUAGAAGCCAUUAGAAGCUACGCGUUCGGCAUUCGGCACUUCAACAGUGGAUAUUCAUGGCUAGGGUUUUACUAAGAAAUGCGAUGCACUUAGCUAGACAUCCAAAGAAUAGUUGGACAACGAGGAUAAGCAACGAGAGAUACAUCAUGAUGAGCCGAACGAGACUUGAAAAGGCUUUGGAGGAAUUGCAGAGGAAUCCCUACUACGACAAGUACGCUCAGAAAAUUGCAAAACUGCAGCAGACCAGUCCGGAGCAGUUUCUGCAGCGCGUCGAGCAGCAGGAAAAAAUACGUGAGAAACAAGUUAGAUACGUAAUUGCAAAUUAUCAGUUCUCGAAAUCCGUGACAUUUUCAUUCUUAUUAAAAAAUAUGCGGUUGUCUUGGAGUCAAACAAUAAAGAGGCACUAUGUAAAAGAUUCAUCUCAAAAUAAGUUUAUUACUACACCGAUUUUUUAUGUAAACGCUGGUCCUCAUAUUGGACAUUUAUAUAGUGCAGUUUUGGCUGAUGCCAUUGUUCGAUACAACAAUAUGUUAGGUCACAAAACAUUUUUUACCACUGGCACUGACGAGCACGGUAACAAGAUUAAAGCCGCCGCAGCCAAAGCUAAUCUACCGAAUCUCGAGUAUUGUACAAGAAUUUCACAACAAUUCAAGGAAAUGUGCUAUAGAUUUGAAGUGGAUUAUUCGCGUUUCAUUAGAACCACAGAAAAGCAGCAUUGUGAUGCAGUGUAUCAUUUUUGGAAACGGUUAGAAGAAAGAGGACACAUCUAUCUGGGAAAAUACUCAGGAUGGUAUUGUGUAUCGGAUGAAGCAUUCCUCAGUGAUGCAGAAUUAAUGGAACAGAAAGAUUCGACCGGAAAAGUAAUCAAAGUCUCCACAGAAUCGGGAAAUAUAGUGGAAUGGACUGAGGAAGAAAAUUAUAAGUUUCGACUUAACACAUUUCAAGACGAUCUCAAGUAUUGGCUCAAAGAUGAAAAUACAGUUAAACCAGCGCUGUAUCACAAAAUGUUAUCCCAAUGGAUAGACGAGGGUGCAUGUUUACAAGACUUAAGCAUUACCAGAAUUAGGAACAAAAUGCCAUGGGGUAUACCUUCCCCAUGCGAUGAAUCUCAUUCGAUAUAUGUAUGGCUGGACGCCUUAGUAAAUUAUUUAACGGUCUUAGGAUAUCCAAAUGAAUCAUACAAAGAACUUUGGCCACCUACUAUUCAGAUAAUUGGAAAAGAUAUUUUGAAGUUUCAUGGUAUCUAUUGGCCAGCAUUUUUAAUAGCGGCAGGUCUCGAACCUCCAAAGACGUUACUGUGUCACGCUCAUUGGACCAUUGAUCACAGAAAAAUGUCGAAAUCAAAAGGAAAUGUAAUUUCGCCCUUUGAAGCUGCAAAUAGUUAUUCAGAAGAAGGAUUACGAUAUUUUAUUCUGAGAGAAGCGGUACCGCAAAAUGAUGCAAAUUAUAGUUCAACAAAAAUUAUUAAUAUAUUGAAUUCCGAAUUGGCGGAUACAUUGGGCAAUCUAGUUAAUCGUUGCGUGGGUAAAGCAGUCAAUCCAUCUAAAGAGUUCCCCAAUCCUGCAAAAUAUUGGAACGUGUUGCAGUCUCAGGUUGCUGAUGAAACCAGGGAGAGUUUAAAAUCCGUAGGCAGAAAAGCACACGAGAGUUACGAGGAAUACAAUUUACAUCAUGUUGUGGAUGCGGUCAUGAAUAUGCUUCAUUGCGCAAAUAAGAUGGUGGCGUAUCAUGAGCCUUGGCAACUGAGGAAACAAGUCAACAAUGCAGAUUCGAUCGAGGAACUUAAAGCUGUGAUAUCACUUGCUCUGGAAAGUAGUAGAAUAGGUGCUCUAAUAUUAUAUCCAAUUAUACCAAGAUUGAGCAGUAGUUUGCUUGAUUUUCUAAAUAUUCCAAAGGAAAAUCGCACGUGGGCGAAUACUGUGCCUGAAUUUUUCAACAAAAAUAUUGUGAAAGAAAGGCAUAUUGAACAUAAUAAUUUGCUAUUGUUUAAAAAAAUAAGAAAUCAAUAA